UAUCCGUAGCUCAAGCCAAAGUGGCCGUUUGUAAAAACAAUGUAAACGAAACAUGGCAGACACGAUAAACUUUAGCAGAAAUGGUUCCUUGUCGAAUGACUGAACGUCGAAUCAAAGUGAGAAUGGAAUAUCGGAAAAUUAUUGAUACUGGCUGGACUUGACUCCAACUGAUGUCUUCUGGAACAUCUGAGAUCCUGGUUGGGCUAAGUCUGCAUACAGCAACUUCUUUGCCCCAUGGACACAAGGAGCAUGUGUGUUCAUUUCUCAAACACCAAAGUUUGACCCUGUGCAUACUUUAGAGUUAUUACAUAAGUAUCCCAUCAGCGGUUUGUGUGCACCUCCUACUGUAUAUAGAAUGAUGGUACAACAGGAUCUAAAGAAGUACAACCUCAAGUCAGUUCGUCAUACAGUCAGUGCAGGGGAACCUCUGAAUCCUGAAGUUAUUGAUGCAUGGAGAGCAGGAACGGGAUCUUUGAUUCUUGAGGGCUACGGUCAAAAAGAAACAGUCUUACUGACUGGAAUGUUCAGAUGUCUAAAACCAAGACCAGGGUCUAUGGGUAAGCCAGCCCCAGGGUAUGAGGUUCACAUUGUAGAUGAUGAAGGAAACCGUCUACCAUCAGGGGAAGAGGGUGAUAUAGGGGUACUGGUUAAACCUCAUCGCCCUGUGGGACUCUUCACUCGCUAUAAGGAUGAUGCUGAGAGGACUGCUAAGGUGUUUAAAGGAGAUUACUACUUGACAGGAGACCGGGCAAUGUGUGAUGCUGACGGUUAUUUCUGGUUUGUAGGACGGGGUGAUGACAUCAUAACAUCAGCAGGAUACCGUAUUGGUCCAUUUGAGGUGGAAAGCGCCCUCAUUGAGCACCCAGCAGUAGCUGAGUCUGCUGUAGUCUCUUCUCCAGACCCUACAAGGGGAGAG